GACCACGAGCUCAUCGAUCUCGGUCGUAGUGACUGGACCAAGCGGUACUCUGGUUGAUGAAAACGACCCAAGGUAUCAUAUUGAUUACAGCACGAAGAUCGUGACAGUUAACCUACCAUUCGCCCAGGCCGGUAGAUGGAACGUUACCAUAUACAAUACCCAAGGAGUCACCGAGCACGCGAGUGUAUCAGUAACAUCUAAACCAAGUCAGGAGGAAUAUCAACCAGUUACAGUCACUGUUCUUCUCGGAUCACGGGAGGUGGAUUUUUCUCAGACUCCGGCACUAGCGAUCUAUGCUCGGGUACAACAGGAUCACAAUCCAGUUCUUAAUGCUGACGUCACGGCUAUCAUCUCAGACGCCAAUGCUGUAACAACGACCAUGCCAUUGCUGGAUAGUGGUUCAGGCUCAGAUCUAUUCAAAGACGACGGAACAUAUUCAGGGUUCUUCCUUGAUUUCGCUUCCAAUGGUAGAUAUAACGUAAAGAUCAAUGUCAUCGGCUAUGAAGUCUCAGAAAUUCGAAGAAGAAGACGAUCAACUUCCGCUGAAGUCCAGACCACAGAUGAGCCAUCUUUCAUGCGAACAGCAUCUGGAGGAGUCUUUAAAGUCCACAGCUAUACAGCCAACCCUUCAGAUACCAUCGCGCCUUCUCGUAUUCAAGACUUGAACUCAGAGUCCUUCUCCUAUGACAAUAGCACAGUAACUCUGGUUUGGACAGCUGUAGGAGAUGACAUGGACCAAGGAACUGCAUACAGUUACGAUCUUCGCUAUUCCACCAACUUCUCAGAGGUGCGAGACGACUUCAACAGGAGCCAUUUGGUCUCUCAAGAACAAGUGCUGUACGGCAAUCUAUCCCACGUCAAUGCUUCAGGAACAACGGAGAGUGUUACUAUUACCCUUCCACAGAAGGGAGAGGACAUCGUUUAUUAUUUUGGUAUUCGAGCUUGGGAUGAGGCAGGGAAUGGAGGGGACUUGUCGAACAUUGUUUCACUGUCUAUCCGUUUCAUACCAGUGGCAUUACCAACUGCAGUGAUGCCUACCAUGCACGCUACUGAUGUAAUGACAGAGAUCAUUACUGCUGUAGACAAGACAGAGUCUAUUGCUACAGGAACCAUAAAAACUUCGUCGGAAGACAUACCAACAUCGUCGGAUACAUUGAUUACCACUUCAGAUAUUGAAACACCAACCUCAGGUCUAACAACAGAAUUUAGUCAUACAUUUCCUGGAUCCCAAAGUACAUCCAUAGCAGAAACAACUGAUGUAAUGACAGAGAUAAUUACUACUCUUGACAAGACAGAAUCGAUAGCUCCAGGAACCAUAAAAACUUCGUCGGAAGACACACCAACAUCGUCGGAUACACAGAGUUCACCCAGCGAGACCACAGUAUCCGAGGAACCUGAGCCUUUGGAGCGAACAACACAACAAGAGGUUCCUGAGACGACGAAAGCCACGGAACCAACCGGACCAGAAGCACAGGCCGUAAUCAUUGGCCUGUCUUGCGCAUUAAGUGUAGUUACCAUCAUAGCAGCAGUCAGUUUGGUCAUGUUGAUGUACAUCUACUAUCUAAAGCAGACCCCCACCUCGGUGAAGCCGAUAACCCCGCCUAAAUCAGCCUGGGUACAGCAAGAACUUGCGGAUAUUGAGAUGGUACAAAAGGACCCUAGCUACAUGAGGAAAAUUCUCGUUUAA